GCAGGUUGCAGUCCAGCUCGCACCCCGCCCCGUUUCAAGCACUUUGAGGAAGUACCCGGUGGGACGGCCGCUCAGUCAAGGCUGCAUAUAAAUUUGAGGAAACUUCCUCUAUUUCACUUCGCAACUUUGCUAAAGUCACAAGGACCGCUCAACAGUAGGCCGAUCGAGAGAGCAAAUUGAAGAUGUCUUGGGACGGGUAUAUCACGAAUUUGAUGGAUGGUUCUUUCAUGAUGGACGCGGCGAUCGUCGGCUACGAAAAGGGCCAAGAGUCCGUAUGGGCGGCGCACAAGGGUGGGGACUUCGCAAGAAUCUCGGCUGCAGAAAUCCGCCAGCUGGUCAACACUGACCGCAGCUCCCUGUUCAGCACCGGGGUGACAAUCGCAAACACCAAAUGCACCGUUCUGAGAGACGCCCUUCAUACUGACGGGCAGAACACCAUGGACGUGCGCACCAAGGCCUCAGAUCAAAAUCCAGACACCUUUAACAUCUCCAUAGGCAAAUCAGUCAAAGCUCUAGUCCUCGUGAAAGGAAACAAGGAUGCCCACGGAGGGAAACUGAACCCUAAAGCUUUCGAUAUGGUGCAGCACCUGAAGAAAUCGGGCUACUGAUCACAUUGUCUCCCCCCACCUUCGCCAAACCGUUGCUCGACCCUCCCUGGCUGCAGGCUGUUUUCAGGAACUGGGCCUCCUGUCACACACAACAGCUGGCCUGCCUCUGUAGUUUGACCAUUAAAAGAUUACUGUAUGUUUUUAUAUUUCAAACUUGUGACUUUUUGAUUUGGCCAAAUAAAAAGAACUUCUGCUAAAUCUAAUUAAAAAGAAA